UACCACAGACAAAAAUCGCAAAACAAACGUGCUGUGAAAAAGCCUAAAAAGUACCGAAAGGCAAUUUAUUUUGCGAAAAAAAGCAUUUUAAAUGAAAAAUGGCGGUGCGGCCACAGCACAUGCACGAUGGUGGAAUUGUGGAGCGUCGGUUGCGACCAAUUUACGAUUCCUGAAUUUUCCAGACUGGUUGGACAUUGGCAAUAACAAGAAGGCGCUGCAGGAAGCCGAGAAAGUGCUUAAAAAAAGUCCUUCUUUGCAAGCGGCAAGAGCUUUAAAAGCCCUAGCACUUUUUAGGUUAGGAAAAGGACUUGAAGCGCAGGUAGUUCUUGAUGCACUGGCUGAUGAGAAACCGAGCGAUGAUACCACGCUGCAGGCGAUGACGAUAUCCUAUAGAGAAUCUCAACAACUACACAAAGUCUGCAUGUUAUAUGAGAACGCGGUAAAGUCAGAACCAUCCAAUGAAGAGCUGCACUCCCAUUUGUUCAUGUCCUACGUGAGGGUCGGGGACUAUCGGUCACAACAGCGGGCUGCCAUGGCUCUGUACAAGUUUGCUCCCAAGAACCCUUACUACUUUUGGGCAGUUAUGAGCAUUGUGUUGCAGGCCAAAACAUCAGAAGAUAACACAAAAAGAGGGAUCCUACUAGCUCUAGCUCAAAGAAUGGUGGACAACUUUAUAAGCGAAAACAAAAUGGAGGCAGAACAAGAAGCCCGUCUUUACAUUAUGAUCCUAGAACUUCAGGAAAAAUGGGAAGACAUUUUAAAAUUCAUUGAGAGCCCAUUAUACUCCCAACUGGUCCCAGGAUCCACUGCUCAAGCCUCCAUCCCUUAUCUAAAGAAGCUCGGUCAAUGGAAACGGCUCAACGUAGUUUGCAAAGAACUCCUAUGGGACAAUCAAGACCGCUGGGACUACUAUGUACCGUACUUUGAUUCCGUAUUCUACCUGAUGAAGGAGAAUGAAGAAGAUACGGAUAGUUCUAUUGAUAAUACUGCGGAGAAGUGCCAUGAGUUCAUUUGUCAAUUGGUUGAAAGUAUGUCCUCAGGACGGACACUUAGAGGACCGUACUUGGCUCGGUUGGAGCUGUGGAAGAGACUAGCUGUUGAUGGAGAUCCAACGUCCCUAAUUGGCAGUGGUUUGGCUUUAUGUGUGCAAUAUUUAAGAGUGUUUGCUAACAAGCCUUGUGCGGUGCCAGAUUUGAGACCGUACCUUGGAAUGAUACCGCAGAAGGAGAGAGAAGAGAAUUGUAGAGAGUUCCUGACUUGUCUUGGCUUUGAUGAGAACAGUGAGCCGGAGUCGGCGGAUGACAUACAACGUCACAUAUCCUGUCUCGCCGCCUGGCGCCUAGUGGCGGCGCCACUGUCGUCUACUGGUGCCCUAGAGUUAGCUGCCACGCUCCGUGGACAUUAUAUGCGAUGUCUACAGAAAGGACUCGUCACAUCAAAUAUCACGGAGUUCUGUGCUGCCGAUCAUUACGGCAUUUUGGCUGCUCAUCAUUAUUUUUAUGCUGGAGUAGAGCAGCAGAGCUCAGCCCCGAUAGUGGAGGCGCUGUGCCUGCUGGAGCUGGUGCUGCAUCACUCGCCCGCCAACUUCCACGCUAAGCUGCUACUUGUCAAGCUGUACCAUCUGUUAGGGAACGCGUUGGCAGCGGACAGUAUCUACCAGCGCCUGGAAGUGAAGCACAUCCAGCUGGUGUCGCUGGGCUGGCUGCACUGCGCGCGCCUCGCGCCCGCCUGCCUCGCCAGCAGGGCGCUGCAGCUACUGGCCGACACCAGGGCCUUCCUCAAACAUCAUGGGAAGGAUAGCGUGGAGCACCUAACGUACGCGUACAAGUACGGUACGUUCGAGAAGCUGGUGGAGCUGUCUGCGUGGGCGGCGCGCCUGGAGGCGUGCGGCUGGGGGGCGGCGGCCGCGCGCGACCAGGCGCUGCUGGCGCAGCUCGCCGGCCCGCCCGCGCUACUGCACCAGCCCUCCCGCCUGCCCGCACUGCCUACCGACAACCGCGACCUCAACGUUAUAGUGAACUACGAGCCGCCGCAGUUCCAAGAUGACAACUUGAAGGCGCGUACCUUUGACCAGGAGGUAUCCUAUCUCCGGCUCAAGGACGCCCUAGUGUCGGCCAUCGCGCUAUGUAUCGAGCUGGCAGACAGUCGGCCCGUGGAGGAGAAGAAGGGGCAUUAUGAACAACUGAAUACUUGUGUAGAAGCUUUCAGUGCGGCGAUGGAGAAAUGUCGGCAGCUUUACGCUGAGAGAGAAAGAAUUAGCAUAUCUGCGCCGUUCCCUUCUAGGAUUAUUGCAUUUGUAAACUCACCGGUACCUUACCGGGAGUUGUACGCGACCAUACUGCGACUAGUCGGCGAAUUGGCGAUCAGUCGCACGACUGCAGCGCACGACGCGUGUGAGACUGUCGCACGACUGUUGCCCAAGGCUCAGCUACAGCUGCAGGACGAGAUCGCGGUCAAAGGAGACCCCGUCUGGAGUAUGAGAGAUCGACUUGAAAGCCUAUCUAAUUAUUUAGAGUUCAUAGGUAUCAUCACAUUCUUGCUGGGCGUCUGCAACGAGCUGUUCUCCCCCGCUAGCACCAAGAAAUCCAAGAAGAAAACCAACCACUCUCCCGACGAAAUCAAAACAUCAGAACUGUUGAACAAACUCAACAAUAGCGCGCAAACUUCAAUUGCCUUCCUCGAAAAUAUACUAGACGAGUGGCCCAAGUAUGAAGUUAGCAUCGAUGAAAUACUCGCCAAAUUAAGCCUAGACGAUAAAUACCAAAGCCCAGUAGAAAAUAAACUGAAAACAGGCCGAGACGACAUGCUGAACGACGUUAGGAACAUUCUCAAAAGGAAAUCGAAAUACUUGAAGAGUCUGCUACAAUGAUGCCUUUGGACUAAGUGCUUGUACGAAGUAAUUAAGUAUUGUUUUUAUAAUAAAUAUACAUAUCUUGUAAAUACUUUUGUCUUUGCUGUACGCGUUGUUGAUGCCGGCGGAGUUGGGUCGCCGCGGAUGUGGCUAUAACAUCCGCAGUGACUUAGGCCUUAUGUCCAUGACGCGUUACUUCGACGAAGCAUGCAACUUACAAAUGAUAAUAGGCGUCCUACAAAUGCUUGCUUCUUGCUUAGAAACAAUAAAAGUGUCCACGAAGCGGCAACGAUAAAUCCGCCUGUCGUCAUUUCUAGGUUGCAUGCAUUCGAUAAAUGACGCGUCGUGGACUGUAGGUCUUACCUCACGGCUAGAAGCGAUGCCGCUUCAAGUUUUAUUGAUAUAACGAUUGUUGUUACUGAAUAAUUAGUCAAUGUUUUUAUAAUAAAAACGUCCCUAAACAUCAAAAAUAUUAUAUUGGAUAACAGAAUGAAUUUUAAAUUUUAAAAUAGUGUAUCAGAAUUUUGCCUUAUUAUGAAUAUUAAGACACGAAGUAGCAUAAUGUAAAGACAAUAGCCUAGUUGGUUUACCUGCAGCUUUAAAGCUAGAAAAUAAUUCACUGCCAUGGGAUAAUCACUCUUAUUACUUUGGCGCUUUAUACAGCACGAGGCAAUUAUAGUGUGCAGUGCGCCAAUAUAAUAGAGUCUAAUUACAACUAGUCUUCCUGUCUCAUUUGUAUAGCAAUAUAAUCUGUAAAUUUCAUUACAUUUUAAACUGUUUGAGAAACGUAUGCUUGAGGAAAUUUACAAAAUUUAAACACUACAUUGUUAGAUUAAUUCAAGUUAUACAGUUUACUCUGUUGUCGCGCAUUCUGUUGUUUAUGAGCCCCCGUUGUGGCUUGAAACUAAUUGAGUGACCUCGUCGAAGAGUUACAUGAGUAAGCUGUGUAGUCUAAAUUAUAUUAUUGCUUGAAUAUUGAAACACUAUUCAGUUUUAAAUCGCGCUUAAGUACAGUUCUGUCAUUAGAAAUUCUUUGUAAAACGACAGAGGUGGCACAAUAUGUAUGUACAAUUUAAAAUGAAGUAGCCUUUCAGUAUUCGAGCGAAUGUCUCACAAUAGUUAAAUACUACAUUGUUAUUCAGAUAUAGCAAUUACACUAUAAUAAUAUUUAUAAUGAAAAUAUUCUGCCUUUCUUUCGAUAGUUUUAUUUUCAUAUACUCGUUAAAUUCGAAUAAGCAUGCAAGCAUUCAUGCCGACUCGCUUCCUUAUCCCAAAUUGUAAUAAAGGUUACAAAAAUAUAUUUAAAAAAUGUUAGAAAUUCGUUUAUAUCCCAUUUUUGUACAAAAAUAUUCUGAAAUUGUAAAAGUUUUAAUUUAUUAAAGCAAUAGUAUUGCCAAUAACUAAAUAGUCUUGUCUUUGGCGCUCAACUUGCAAGUGACAAUGUAGUGUUAUUAUAAAAAUACAAUAAUUUCAAAAUACAUGUUGUCUGCCUAACAUAGUAUGUAAUUAAAGGGCGCAAUUGUUCGUACCUAAGAGUGAAAUACGAUUUUGUAUUUUAAUUAUAAUUUAUACAGAC